GUAAUGUAGGUGGGGUGUUGAGCCUGUAGAAGUUGCCCCUAGCGCCAGACACCAGUACUGGUCUGGCUCAUUAUUACUCUACUAUCGGAUCCACAGUGAGAACAUCGCAGCAGUGUUGAGAGGCAGAAACACUGAGGCCAGGCGUCUGUGGACAGGAGCCACACAGCUCCAUCUCUCUCUCUCUCUCCCUACACCUCCUGCACUAAACGGACUACAUUUCGAGCAGCAUAUAUCUGGUCUCUUCUCCUCCUCCUCCUCCAGAAGGCUCGGGUCUCUCCUCUCUCUCUCUGCAGGGCCUCUCUCUUCAGUCUUACAGCAGUAUAUAGAAGUGGGUGUUUGCUGCUGCUCUCUGGUUGUUCCGGCAGCAGGCGGCGGCGGAGCGCAGCGAAGAGUCCGCGAUGGCAGGCUGGAAGGACGGCUCGGUGCAGGAGAAGUACCGGCUGGUGGUGGUCGGAGGCGGUGGUGUCGGGAAGUCAGCGCUGACUAUCCAGUUUAUUCAGUCGUACUUUGUCACCGACUAUGACCCCACGAUUGAAGACUCUUAUACCAAGCAGUGUGUGAUUGACGAAAGGGCGGCCAGGCUUGACAUCCUCGACACGGCUGGACAGGAAGAGUUUGGAGCCAUGAGAGAACAAUACAUGAGGACAGGGGAGGGCUUCCUGCUCGUCUUCUCAGUCACUGACAGAGGAAGCUUUGAAGAAAUCUACAAAUUCCAAAGACAAAUCCUCCGAGUGAAAGACAGAGAUGAAUUCCCCAUGAUCCUUGUAGGAAACAAAGCAGAUCUGGAACUACAGAGACAAGUAACCCAGGAAGAGGGCCAGCAGCUGGCCAGACAACUGAAGGUCACAUAUAUGGAGGCUUCAGCCAAAAUCCGUAUGAACGUUGACCAGGCUUUCCACGAGCUGGUUAGAGUAAUCAGGAAAUUCCAAGAACAGGAAUGCCCCCCGUCGCCAGAGCCUACGAGAAAAGAGAAGGACAAGAGCGGCUGCCAUUGUGUGAUCGUCUGAGUCGGCCUUAAUCACUGUAACUCAUGCAGCUAUACCCCCCCACCCACUCUGCCUAACAUCACAUCCUCAGUGGAUGACUGACCGCUGCCUUCUCCACGUGCAUGACUUCAGACAGCCUUUUCUGAGAUACUCUGACCAGGAGCUGCUGUCCCCGGGACAUCACUAUGGACAACUGACAAUGCCAAAUUUUAACACCACUCUACCUUCAGCCGUAAUCUAAGUCACACGAGAGAGUCCCAACACUAAACAUUGCCUUCUGAAUCAGCCUGACAAAUUAAUGUUUUGUACUCUGAAGGACUUCUCUUGCCUUGUAGUGACAUUUGUACUUGCUACCGAGAUUGAAUGAAAACUAUAUAUAUAUAUAUAAAUAUAUAUAUAUAUCUCCAGAAUGUUUCUUUAGUUUCCGGUGUCUGACCAGAGCAGAGAGAUUAUGAAGCUUUGUGUAUGUCGUGCCAUAUCCACCUUUACUCCCAUGUGCUAAUCUGCUACUGUACAUAUGUGACAUUUGUUGUGAUUUUCAAAGUGUACUUCUAAUGAUCUAUUAAAUCACCACAGUACAGUGUGUGAGGUUGAGUUUGGUUUUACAUAUAUGAAAGUGAAUAUAUAAGUAUGUAUAUAAAUAUAAAGCCUAGCGAGCCCUUAAAGCUACAAUGAUAGAACUUUCUGGCAUCCUGCAGUGGAUUCUUCUUCUUCUACUACUUCUUCUUCUUCGUCUGUGGUUUCUGCUUUCAUCUCAAUUGCCAAAUAUGGAGUGUCUACUGUAUUUGAUUUUUUUUUUUUAAAGUCUUAUAGAUUGAAGCAUUUUUAUCCGACGCCAUCUCCUCAUUGUACCGAAAGUAGCAAAUUUGUCUGAAUUUCUUCCCUCGAAGGUGGCGGUUCAGUCAAAAUUGGACAUUGUUUCAGAUUUCUAAGAAGCAGUAGAUGAUUUUAUUGGUAGCACAUUGUGUAUCUUUGACGACUAACAUGAUUUCAGAUCAAAACACUGUACGCUCUUUAUUCAACUUUUGACAGUAAUCAAAUCCAUUUUGUUGCAAAUCAAGAGGCUUUCAGUUCAGAUCAUUCCAAUGUAAUGCAUCUUUUCUGUCAAACAUUUAGAUCAAAUACCUGUUAUAUCAUUCCAAUAACACAGUGGCAAUGUAUUUGUUUUGUGUCUUUCAAUUAUUGUUACAUUACUUUCCCCCCCUCGAUGAUCUGUCGCUUGGAAAACCAGGACAAGUGGAAGAAGCAUCAUCGUAAAACAGCCAAUGGGACAUGAACUCAGCGGACCUGACGCCUGUGGAGCUAUCAUCACCACCACACUGUUCUGCCUUCCCGUUCCACUCCUGUACUUCUGUUCGGGCUUAUAAAUGAAGUACCGCAGUUUGUUUUUCAUGUCAUCAUCUUGUAAUAUAAAACAACAAGAAAAUCAGAUGAUGGAAGUAAUGGACUUGAUUAAAUGUUUCUACUCUACUUUUAUACAUUAUUUUCUUAUCAAACUAGUUGACAAGUAUUUUUAUAUGUUUAUAAGUGAAUACACGUUCACAGCAUGGCUGUGUAUAUAUGUAAAGAGGGAUAUUUAAUUCUCUUAUUUGAAACUGAAGAUGACUGUUGGCCCAAAUUUACUAAAUUGGAUUCUUUACCCAGAUGUGACCGAGAAUGUUAUUUCUUGCUUAGUGAUGGAGAAUAUAUUUAUGUUUGAGGCGAGGUGGGAGAGGGUCUUAGAAAUGAUUCUGGUCUUUACAUAUAGGAGCUUAAAACCACAUGAAUCUAUUAUUAUAAUCACUGAGAUUUGAAACACCUACUUCCCAGCUUAUUGCAAAUCCUAGUGUGCAUCCAAAUCAUACUGUUUUUUGUUUUCUUCCAUAUCAGUGUCUUUUGCCCUGUGUCUAGCUUUUGGUGCUAAAAUAAAAUCUGUCAUUGAGCCA